CAACUCACCGUCCCUGAGAACAUCACCAUCAAUUUAUGUAAAACGUGUUUGCCAUGUGCUCGCUCACCGUUUGACAACAAAUGCUGUAUUCUGCUCCCUCUACCUAAUCAGCGCAUACCACACAAGGAUUUCGCGGCGGAAGUCCGCGCCAACCUCGAUAUAGAAUUGUUCAUCAAGGAGGCCACUCUACUGCUUAAUCUCAACUGUUCGACUCUGGAUGAAAUUUUGGAUGCCAUAUUGAAUGCCGUCUUUACGGGUACGUGGAAUGCGGACACAAUUGGUAACAAUACGCCGGAACAGGGUGAUGCAGCCGGGUCCCUGGAUGUGGAUUUGAACGAUGGACCGACCACAUCGCACACCAACACCAUAACCACUGUCCAAGCAAAGACAUUGAAUGCUUUCAGAAAAAUGCAAAAAAUUUACAGCUCAGCAAUCGAUUUGCCGGCUUUAUUUGUGGAGGCCAAGAAAUCCUUGUUGUUGGAUGUCGAAUUUGAAGGCGACAGAUAUCAGCGUCUAGCCAAAACGAUAAAGGGAAUUUCCGUUCUGGACGAAGAUGGCCUUUCAACAGAUCAAAGUUGGGUCUGCGCCCUAUGUUCCUUGGGUCCAAUAAACAGAAGGUACCUUGCACUGGCCAGAUUAUCCACGCCGGUGAACUUGGGUCGGUCAAGUGAGGGGACAUGCUUGAUUUUACUGGUAAUUACU